CCCCUCAUGUAUUUUUCAUGCUGUUAAAUCCUCUCCUCGGCUCGCGCAGCUCCGGGCUCCCGCUCCAUUUAACGGCAUCCAUGGACGCGAGCCCUCCACAGUCCGCUGCUCUUUAACGCGCUGCAGCCGGUGAAUCAUCGCGGCGGACACAAACCCGGAACUUUAUUUUUUUUACUCUCCCUCUUUUCUCCUCUCUUUUUCCUCCCUCGUGCGUCAUGUCUUCUGGCACCAACACAAAAACUGGAUUCUCCGUGCGGGACAUCCUGGAUCUGCCCGAUAAAACGGGGAGAUGCGCAGGCAGCGGCAGCGGCGGCGGCUCCGCCACCGAGGAGACGGAGGAGGACGACACGGAGGAGGCCUCCGCGGAGGUUUCGGGCGCGGGAAACUCGCAGAAACUUGGAUUUAGCGGCCGGAGUUUGUGCGAGCGCGGCGGCGGCGACGGCGGUGAGAGCCUCGGCAGGUGGAGCCGCGGAUCCGGUAACCUGCACUUCUCACUGCACGGUCUCUCCUUAAAGUCCUGCACCGAGCCUAAAUCCCCCGAGCUCUCCCCGGACGAGUCCCCGGACUCGGCGGGCGGCGAGGCGCAGAAGAGCCGCGGCAGGAAGCGUCGCGUGCUCUUCUCCAAGGCGCAGACCUUCGAGCUCGAGCGCCGUUUCCGGCAGCAGCGGUACCUGUCCGCCCCGGAGAGGGAGCACCUGGCCGGGCUGAUCCGCCUCACCCCGAACCAAGUAAAGAUCUGGUUCCAGAACCACCGCUACAAGAUGAAGCGAGCCCGGGCCGAGCGCAGCCUCGAGGCGCUGCAGCUGCUGCCGGCGCGCCGGGUCGCCAUCCCGAUCCUGGUGCGGGACGGGAAGCCCUGCGACCGGAUCUUGGCGCAGGACUUGGAGGUGCCCCUCAGGUCCGGCCUGGGCCUGCCUCUGUGUGCCUACUCCCCGCUGCUGCACCCCGCUUACGCCUCGGAGCACCCCGGCCUACCACAGCAGCACCCAGGGGUGCAACAGCUGGCACACAUGUACCACUGGACCUGGUGAGUCCAGAUCAAGACUCUGACUGAGGGGGGCAUUUCUAAAUGUACGAAGAAGUCCACGUUAUAAAGUCGAGUUCGGCCUUAAUAUGAUUGGUUCUCUCCUCAGAAUAAACCCCCAUCAAAGGGUAAAUUAUAUUAUUCAAAACGUGGGAAAAUUACAGCUCUUUUGAAUGGAGUUUGGUUCAAUUCAAGAUUUGUUUCCAUCAGAAAAAUCGUAUUUUCCAGACAGGACAGUUGUCCUGAAACAAGGCAGAAUAAAAUGUGAAAAAAGUUCAAUCUUAAAGUCUUUGGUGGUUUCUGGUUUAGUUUUCUUCUGGUUCAAACGACCAAUUCCCCUUAAAAAUGACAUUUUUCUGCUUCAUGAAAAAUCUGUUAAUUUAUUUUUCCUUACAGAACAAACACUUUUCCCCUCAGACGCACAAAACGUGUAGAACUGCACUGCUUCUUUUUAAAUAUGUGGAUAAAAAGACUCAACGCAUCAUGAAGCAGAUCAAACCAAAUGUUUGUUUUUCAGAACUUUGUGAGUUUUAUUUGUUGGUGUUUUCACUGUGUUUGCUGCAGAAGAGUCACUUUUAUUGCGAGAAGAUGUUUCCCUGUGUGUUUUAUAAAUCUAUUUAUAAUGUUGAUGUGAGUUGUUUUGUAAUAAACUGAAUAUUUAUGACGGUGA